UCCUACCCGGACUCCGAAGACGGACUGAGCCCGGGAGCGCCCGACGCCUUCCCGCAGGACUGCGGGCGCGCGCGCGACUCUGCUCUCCGGGCGCCCGCGCGCACGUCGCAAGUCCCGGGUCCGAGCGGCCAUGGCCAACUGCUGCUGCCUGUCGGCAGAAGAGAAGGAGUCACAGCGCAUCAGUGCCGAGAUCGAGCGGCAGCUCCGCCGGGACAAGAAGGACGCGCGUCGCGAGCUCAAGUUACUGCUGCUGGGAACUGGUGAGAGUGGCAAAAGCACCUUUAUCAAGCAGAUGAGAAUUAUCCACGGCUCAGGUUACAGUGAUGAAGACAGAAAGGGCUUCACCAAGCUGGUUUACCAAAACAUCUUCACAGCUGUGCAGGCUAUGAUCAGAGCCAUGGACACGCUGAGGAUACAGUAUGUGUGCCCACAGAAUCAGGAGAACGCCCAGCUGAUCAGAGAAGUGGACGUGGGCAAGGUCUCCGCGCUGUCCAGGGACCAGGCUGAGGCCAUCAAGGAGCUGUGGCAGGACCCCGGCAUCCAGGAGUGCUACGACAGGAGGCGGGAGUACCAGCUGUCGGACUCGGCCAAGUACUAUCUCUCUGACAUUGACCGGAUCGCCAAGCCUUCCUUCGUGCCAACUCAGCAAGAUGUGCUCCGUGUCCGCGUGCCCACGACUGGCAUCAUCGAGUAUCCCUUUGACCUGGAGAACAUCAUCUUCCGGAUGGUGGAUGUGGGCGGCCAGAGAUCUGAACGUCGGAAAUGGAUCCACUGCUUUGAGAGUGUCACCUCCAUCAUUUUCCUGGUUGCUCUGAGUGAAUAUGACCAGGUCCUGGCAGAGUGUGACAAUGAGAACCGCAUGGAAGAGAGCAAGGCCCUGUUCAAGACAAUCAUCACCUACCCCUGGUUCCUGAACUCGUCUGUGAUUUUGUUUUUAAACAAGAAGGACCUGCUGGAGGAGAAGAUCAUGUACUCCCACCUGAUCAGCUACUUCCCCGAGUACACGGGCCCGAAGCGGGAUGUCAAAGCUGCUAGAGAUUUCAUACUGAAGCUGUACCAGGACCAGAACCCUGACAAGGAGAAGGUCAUCUACUCACACUUCACGUGCGCCACGGACACCGAGAACAUCCGCUUUGUGUUUGCUGCCGUGAAAGACACGAUCCUGCAGCUGAACCUGAGGGAGUUCAACCUGGUCUGAAGGCCAGUGUGCACGCCCUGCCUCCCUGGGCGGGCUGCAAAAGGCUCUUCCCACAGCACAGCCUACAGGCAGCCUGAGCCGGCGGGGGCCACACCAAGUCACGGAGGGCUGUGAAGUUUGCAGCAUAUUUGAAUUCAGCAAAAUGUUCCAAAGUCUUUAUUCCCAAGUCCCUUUCAUUUCUACCCCCCUCCCUCUUUUGUCUGCAAGAGUUUGUUGUUUCUGAAUUCACUAUUUUAUACAGCUUCGAAUGGUCACUGCAGGGGACAGAGCGAUAGUACAGAGGGCUGGGCACUUGCCUCCCACAUGGUCAACCUGGGUUUGAUCCCCGGCACCCCAGAAGUUUCCCUGAGCACCACCAGGAGUGGCCUCCGAGUGCAGAGCCAGGCGCCAUCCCUGGGCACUGCUACACAUGGCUCCCUCCCCAAAAGAAUUGUGAUUUACUUUUUUAAAAUUAGUGUGUUUAAAAUAGCCACUAAAACCUAUGUAUUGAGGGACCUGUUAAUUUAUAGAUCAUGCCUUGAAGCCUCUCAGAUUAAGUUGAGUGAUUUUCUUUAAAAAUGUUAAUGGGUUUCACGCUUUUUAUUUUUUAAAUAAGACAUCUAUAAAUUAUUUGUCUUCAUGCUGAAGUAUGCUUUUAACAUGCCACCAGGGCUUUUUUUAAAAAAAAUUGUUUUUGUGUUAACUUUCUAUGUUAAAUUAAUGACUGUAACAUCUUAUUGUUACAAUUUGAUGACCAUUGAAACAGGUUAAAAAUGGUAGGUACAUGGACUGAAGAUAAGCAGUAGUGUUCCACUGACAUGUACUAGUAAAAACAUUCGUGUGUACAUAUAUGUACAUGUGCAUAUACAUACUUCAGUUCCAGUUCCUGUCACCUAUGGAUUGUCUAAAACUCCAAAUUGUUUAAUUUCCACCAAAACUCUGCUACCAUCACAGAUUUGCUAUUUGAACCACACAUGUUGGAGCUUUCAGUGGAGGCUGAGAAUACACCACUUGCCAUUAGCACUGGAUUUUGUUGUUUCUUUUAGUCCACAGUUUUGACAGUCAGUGACUCAGAAACGUUGUAUAAUGUUCCUGGGCCACUACUGGGAGUAGUAACUGCUUCAGUGGAAUGCACCAACAGAAACAUAAAAAAAAUAAAAAUAAAAAGCCAGUUUAAAAAAAAAUCCGGUUUGAAAAAACCUUUAUAAAUUAGAAAGUUGGAUGGACAGAAUCAGAAAUGAAAGAGGAAGCCCCUGGUGGGGAGAGGCACGAGCUCAGUUCCUGCAGCAGCCUCUGUGGCCGGUCAGUCCUGGGUACUGCUCUUCCAGGGUCUGACCCAGGCUCUGGCAUCACACAGGGGCCUCGGACCCUCCCAUUCUCAGG